AUGCGGCAAAGCAAUCUCUUCAGUCUCAUCCGAUGUGAGUCACAUGCUUGUAACAAAAUCAAAAAUGUUGACAGCACCAACCUCAACAGACAGAACGUUCUCCCCAUCAAAUGUAAGCAAUACAUCUCCAAUGACAUCAGCAUCUUCUCAGAACCACCAGACUCUGAGCAUGAAGAUCACGAGAGGAACACAAACCACCACUGUCACAGCUGUGAGAACAUCAACUCUCUCAUCAUCGACACGUGCACACAAAUCUACAGAAGGCACGUCCCAGAGGACAUCUCCUUCAAGGGCAACAACCACUUCAUUCCCACCCUAUGUGAGGCAUACACCUACAGUAACAUCAAAAAUAUGGAGGACAAAGUCCUCAGCAGACACCACUGUAGGAAACCCGAGAAACACAUCACCAACUCUACGGAGACAUAUCCAUCCAGUCUCCACAGUGUCAAUGACAAACAGACCAGAGAAACAAUCAACCUUACCCCCUUCCACCAUUUCUACCAGGAAAGCAUCAAUGUCUUCUCAGAACCACCAGACUCUGAGUAUGAAAACCACCAGUGGAACCCAAACCACCACUGUCACAGCUGUGAGAACAUCAACUCUCUCAUCAUCAACACGUGCACACAAAUCUACAGAAGACACUUCCCAGAGGACAUCUUCUUCAGGUACAACAACCACUUCAUUCCCACCCUAUGUGAGGUACACACCUGCAGUAACAUCAAAAAUAUUAGGAACAAAAAGGUCAACAGACAGCACUGUAAGAAACACAAUAGACAAAUCCCCUUUUGUAACUGGAAGUUCUUCUCCAUUCGCUUCCAAAGCUUCUACACCAUGGCAGUCAUCAGAAAAAUCACGACCUCACAGAGGGCAGACUGCAGGGGAAGCACGGCAUCACUACCCUCAACAACCUCCCAGACCCUUACCACCUCUACUACUGGGACAUCUACAGGUACCCACUCCACAGCGGCAUCAGUCCCUGUUAACCCUGGCAAAGGUGUUCUCUUCUUCCCCUACGGGCCAAGUGCUGGAGACCAGGAGUUUGUCAGGAGGAGCGUGGACUUCACCUCACCACUCUUCAAGCCCCAGAUCGGCUUCCCGCUUGGCUCCUUGCUCUGGAAUUCCCUCUAUUUCACAGAUAAUGGCCAAAUCAUUUUCCCGAAGUCAGACUACCAGAUUUUCUCCUACCUCAACCCUCCCCUUAGAGGCUUUUCAUCCUGGGACUCUGUGGCCAUGGUGGCUCCAUUCUGGGAUGAUGCUGAUUUCUCCAGCAGCCGGGGAACCAUAUUUUACCAGGAAUAUGAGACUCUCUAUGAUGACUACAACACACUAGUGCAGAAGGUGGAGUCUUCAAUUAAUAUGUUAACAAAGACCAGAAACUACAAAGCCAGGUGGACACUAAAGAUCACAUGGGUUCAUGUCCCCACCUAUCCUGCCCAGGUGACCAUCGGGACCAACACCUACCAGGCCAUCCUUUCCAUGGACGGGAGCAGGUCCUACGCCCUGUUUCUCUACCAAAGUGGUGGUAUGCAGUGGAAUGUGAGCGGGCGACCAGGCAACCCCGUCCUGAUGGGCUUUUCCAGUGGAGAUGGGUAUUUCAAAAACAGCCAGUUGACAUUCCAUCCAAUAUGGGAGAAGUAUCGUCCAGACCAAUUCCUGGAUUCCAACUCAGGCCUCUGGGGGCUACAGAUCUACAAGCUGCACAGAGAAAAAAAGCCCAAUUACCGUCUCCAGUGUCUGCAGUGGUUGAAGAGACAGCCUCAGUGGCCCAGCUGGGGCUGGAACCAGAUCUCCUGCCCUUGCUCCUGGAUCCAGGGAGUAUUGGAUUUAAGAUUCCAGUUCAGCAGAGGCAGCAGGCAGCUGUGCAGCUUGUCCUCCUGGCGUGGGGGCGUGUGCUGCUGCUAGGGACCCUGGGGAGAGCUGCUCCAAGGCUGGAGAGUGCAGAGUCCUUGGCAACUUGACCAAGAACUGGAGCUGCAAAACUGGUGUUGCCAUUUCAACAGCAAGCCCUCCUUCUGUGCCCUGUACCAGCUAAGGCAGCCCCACCCCCCCCCCACCCCCCACCGCCCUUCUUUCCCUGCCUGGAUGGUCGGGGACCUUCACAUCACCACCUUGGAUGGUGUCAAUUACACCUUCAAUGGGCUGGGAGACUUCCUGCUGGUCUGGACCCAGGACAGAAACUCCUCCUUCCUGCUGCAGGGCCGCACUGCCCAGACCCACUCAGCAAAUGCCACCAACUUCAUUGGCUUUGCUGCUGAAUACCACUCCAGCAGCCUGCACCCUAUCACGGUUCAAUGGCUCCUUAAGCCCAGUAACACCAUCCAUGUUCAGCUCAAUAACCAGUCCAUAGCAUUUGAGACUAAUGGUGAAGAUACAAAAGACCAGGAGAUCUUCAGCAGCUCUGGGGUCAUAAUGACCCACUACGGCUCCACGGUAUCAGCCAGUUUCGAUGGUGCCGUUGCCGUCUCCGUGCUCUCUAUCUCCCACAUCCUCCACACCUCCUGCAGCCUUUCGAAGGAGUAUCAGAGCCACACUGAGGGCCUCACGGGCUUCUGGAAUGGCAACCCAGAUGACAACUUCAGGAUGCCCAAUGGCGCCACCAUACCGAAAAGGAGCUCCGAGGAGAUGCUUUUUCACUAUGGAAUGACCUGGAAAAUCAACGGAACAAGCCUUUUUGGCAAGAGGGACGACCAUUUGCCUUCCAGCUUCACCCCCAUCUUCCUUUCACAACUGCUGCAAAACAUGACCUUGAAUAAAAAUUUGACCUCUUCUUGUCAUGGAGAUGAUCAAUGCAUCUUCGAUGUCCUGGCCACAGGAAGCGAAAAGCUUGGAAAGGACACUAGGGCGGUAUUUAGAAUCUACCAGCAGAUGAACACUACUCUGAAUCGGUACCCACCCUCUAUCAAGGGUCCUGAUGUGAUAAAAGCCUACAUGGGACAGACCACAGAGGUUAAUUACACCAGCAACGCUAAGGACAUCACAUUCACCCUCAGAGAAAACUGCACGGAAUUCAAGCUCUUUGAGAAUGGGACAUUGCUAUGGACACCAAAGCUGCUGGAACCAUUUACUCUGGAGAUUCUAGCAAGCAGUGACCAGGGAAGCUUGUCGUCUGUACUGAAGCCAAGGACAGUGGUCUGUGAGUGCAAGGCAGAGAGCCAGUGUUUGUACAACCAGACCAGCUGGGUGAGCAACUCCUCCUUGGAGGCGGCGGACUGCAAGUGCGAUGGAAAUACCUUCGGCCGCUACUGCAAUUGCUCCAAAGACCCCUGUGACGAGCAGUGCUUCCCGAAUGUGAAGUGCAUUUCUGGGAGGGGCUGCAAGGCCUGCCCCCCGAACCUGACUGGGGAUGGACAUCACUGUGCAUCUCUGGAGAAACCCUUCCUCUGUCACAAGUCCUGCCCUGAGGAAUACUGCUGCAACAACGGCCUCUGCUCCGUCUCCCACACUCUGGGCUGCCAGCCCGUCUGCACCUGCCCCUCAGCCUUCACCGACGCCUGCUGCUUCCUGGCUGGGAACAAUUUCACUCCAACCGUCCAUCAAGAGCUUCCUUUAAGGAUCAUCCAGCUCUCUCUCACUGAAGACGAAAAUGCUUCCCAAGCAGAUAUCAAUGCCUAGGUGGCCGAUAGCCUGAAGAACCUGGAAUUGUGGGCCUUUCUCUGGAACAGACAAGUGGAUGAAACUAAACCUUCAACAGCACCAGCUUCAGGAAGCUCCCUUCACCACUGGAACAUCAUCUCUGAGUUCCAGUACCGCCCUGAGGGCCCUGUCAUUGACUUCCUGAACAACCGGCUGCUGGCUGCAGUGGUGAAGGUGUUCUUACCCCCGGCUCCCCAGAUGAGGGGGAAGAGAAGUGGGGGGCCCAGGAACAACGUGGCCUUCCACUCCAUCUCCAGGAAGAAUCUGGCUGACUUCACAGCAGUGAAUGUGAGCAUGCUGGCAACUUACUUGCAAUGCAAUGGCUACAAGGACUACCGCCUGGUCUACAGCCCUCAGGGUGGCUUCACCUGCGUGUCCCCCUGCAGUCAGGGCUACUGUAAGCACGGAGGCCAGUGCCAGCACCUGCCAGAUGGGCCCCGCUGCAGCUGUGUGCCCUCCUCCAUCUACACGCCCUGGGGCAAGCGCUGUGAGCAACUGAGCAUGAAACUCGGAGCCUUCUUCGGGAUCCUCUUCAGGACCCUGGGCGUCAUCUUGCUGCUGGGGGUCGCGGUGUUUGUGAUCCUGCAUUUCCGGGGCUCCUGGGCCGGUUUCUCCUACCCGCUGGACUCCGAGAGCUGA